GUAGUUCCACGCUGCAGUCUUGUGAAUGGGUCAAGACUAAAAAAAACAGAAAGCCAUCCGGUCUCUCGGCUUUAAACGGGUUACCCCCUAUGUCCCUCCGUUCAUUCUGGACUGUCAGAUAACGGACCUGUCACGCGCCGACAUAUCAAGAGCUCUCAAAUUUGUGCUCGACGUGUUGCUGGUAGAGUCAUGACCCUGAGACAAGCCAAUGGCUGCAAACAGCUGACCUUGACCAUUGGCCUGACCCUGACUCUAGGCCUGCUGCAAUGGCCUAUAGGAGAUGUUAGUGGUCAGGAUGGACUGUCUCCUACGCAAGUCCUUCAGGAGCUGCUGACACGCUAUGGCGACAACACCAGCAUCUCUGUCCCUCAGCUCCGAGCGCUCCUCAUGCGCUUAAAUGGAGGCCAGAGUGGAGAACAUGAUGCACAAACACAGCCCACCAAAACCAAUGCAUCGAAGUGCUUGGCUGCAGACACUUUGGCAGUGUAUGGGAUGAGCGAACAGUCUCGUAUAGAUGAACGUGGCCUGCAUGAUAUCUGCCCUACAAUCAUACAGCAGCUGGACUCACAAGCAUGCAAGACCCAGCAGGACCAAGAGUCUGAGAGCAGCCCCAGACCCAGUGAUGCUGAGGUGUGGGGAUAUGGUUUCCUGUGUGUGACAGUGAUAUCUCUGUGUUCACUGUUCGGGGCGAGUGUGGUUCCCUUCAUGAGGAAAACCUUUUACAAGCGGUUGCUGCUGUACUUCAUAGCCCUGGCCAUUGGUACUCUGUACUCCAACGCCCUCUUUCAACUAAUCCCAGAGGCCUUUGGAUUUGACCCCAUGGAAGAUUAUUAUGUGCCCAAGUCUGCUGUCGUGUUUGGAGGAUUCUACCUGUUCUUCUUUACAGAGAAAAUCCUGAAGAUGAUCUUAAAGCCAAAGGACAGGGGGGGGCAUGGCCACGGUCACAGUCACUUUCCUGCAGAGCGCUAUGCCAACUCUAAUGGUGACUUGGAGGAUGGUGUGAUGGAGAAACUGCAGAAUGGAGAGGCUGGAGAAGCAUCUUUACCCAGAGUGGAAGGUGAUGCCAGAGGGCUUGGAGAAGAUGACAAAAUGAUCAGCACUGGGCAGACAGUACAGGACUCUCAGAGUUCAGGUGGUGCUGGAACGGGUGGAUGUUAUUGGCUUAAGGGCAGGGCAUACUCUGACAUCGGUACUCUGGCAUGGAUGAUCACUUUGAGCGACGGUCUGCAUAAUUUCAUUGAUGGUUUGGCUAUCGGAGCCUCCUUCACGGCUUCUGUGUUUCAGGGCAUCAGUACAUCAGUGGCAAUUCUGUGUGAGGAGUUUCCACAUGAGUUGGGUGAUUUUGUAAUCCUGCUAAACGCUGGCAUGAGCAUCCAGCAGGCACUCUUCUUUAACUUCCUGUCAGCGUGCUGCUGUUAUCUGGGCAUGGGCUUCGGAAUCCUGGCUGGGAACAAUUUCUCUCCUAACUGGAUCUUUGCUCUAGCCGGAGGCAUGUUCCUCUACAUUGCACUGGCUGAUAUGUUUCCGGAGAUGAAUGAGGUGAGUCGUGAAGAAGAGGAGGCCGGAGGAAGUGGAUCUCUGCUAACUUUCGCCAUCCAGAACGCAGGGCUGCUCACUGGGUUUGGCAUCAUGCUUGUACUUACCAUUUACUCUGGACAGAUACAGCUUGGAUAGCACAGGACCUAAAUACAAACUCAGACACUAAAGGACUAUCUCAGCACCUGGACUAAAACCUGAGACCUACUGGAACCUCCAGACUUUAAUAUGAGCCAGCUGUGCUGACUUGUUUUAAAACAUUUGCCCAGCUGGACUAGGUCAUGACAUAAAUUGAAAUGUUUGGGCUCAGAGUAAACCUUGGACUGUUUAAACGAGGCUAGAAUUGACUGAUCCGUGAACUUUGCUUUAGAUUCAUCCAAAACCUGGGACCUGUUGAUGGAUGUGGUACCAUUCAUCUAAUUUAGGCCUUCUCUGGUUCCUUCGUCUCAGCUUUAGGACACAGUAAUGUCUCUGUACCGUGUGGAUUCUCGUUCCCCAACAUACACAUCUGGGCAUUUUUGUAUUGAUUUCUAAUGUUCUCAUUAUUUGAUUUUGAUUGUGUUUUUCAACAAAAUGUCUCUUUCCCUCAGAGAUGGGCCUUUCUCGUAAUCCUGACCAUGAGAUGUAGAGUAUUGUCCACUAACUGAUGAGUAACGGAUGGGAUGAAACUUGACUCGUUUUACCUACAUUUAAAGCGACAUUUAAAGAUGUAAAGCACUUUAGGUGUAGAGCGAUACACAAUAAGCGCUAUAUAAAUGCAUCAUUCAUUCAUUUAGUCAAAUGUAGGUUGUUUCCUAUGCUUCAUACCAAAUGUUUAUUCAAAAGAAAAAGUCUAAACCAUUAAAAUAAAACAAAAUAAUACCCCUAGGUUUUUCCAAUGCCUAGGGACAAAACAUAGAUAUAGUCUCACUAGUUAGCUGGCAUUCAUAAUUCUGCUAAACUGAACGUUAUGUAGGUCACUUUAAUCAAAGGUUACUGUGCACUGUUGCACAAGUAGGUUUAAGUUUAGAUACAAUACAGCGUCUGUUCACAGAUCGAUCGUU